GUGAGGAUAUUAUUGUCAGAAUGAUCAACCACCCCAAAAACACGCUGAUCACUGACUUGAUAGCUUCAAUACGCAGUCGUUUUUCUAUUUAAUCUAUGUCCUGCACAUUCUCUCAUUUUCUUUUCCUUUUCCUCCUGUUAUUAACCAGAAGCUAAUCAACGACGAAAAUCCGUUGCCGCUGCCGUUGACCGUCUUUCAAUCUGAAUUCCGGCGAAUCCACCCCGGCGAGAAACAUUUUCCCGCGCUUCUAUAAUUUUUCCAUCAAAUAUAUGAUCAAUCAGAUCCAAAUUUUAUCAAAAUUAUAGCUCUAACUAAAUUACCUCUCUCUGUCUCUCUGCGAUCUUUAGAAAAAGAUAGCAGAGCGAGGCAGAUCAACCCUAAUUUUGAGGUGAAUAAUGUCGAAUUCUCUUCCUUAUUCCAUGAAAGAUGUUCACUAUGAUAAUGCCAAGUUUCGCCAACGCUCUUUUGUCAAGGUGAUCUCACAAUCUUUGAUUACUAAUAAUUUAAAGCGCCAAUGCGUAAGUUGUAGCACAGGGAAGUUUCUAAUGUUGUUAAUGAUUUUUGGUAUAGCAUAUCUUAUGCUAACACAUACAAGUAGUGCACAUUCCUUUUCUGAAGUACUAGCACAAAGAAUAAAUGGUAGUGAGGUGACUGCAGAUGGUAAUAGUAGACUUGGACAGUUAUUUAGGAAACCUCCCAGGCUUCCUCCUCGAUUGUCACCGGAUGACAAGGUUACUCCUGAGAAGCUAAAUGCUGAUUUGAAAUGGAAAGGAAGGGAACAAAAGGUAAAGGAAGCUUUUAUCCAUGCCUGGUCUGGCUAUAAAAAAUAUGCAAUGGGGUAUGAUGAACUUAUGCCGCUGACUCAUCGGGGAGUUGAUGGGUUAGGAGGUUUGGGUGCUACUAUUGUAGAUGCUCUUGAUACUGCCAUGAUAAUGGAUGCUGAUGAAAUUGUUUCUGAAGCCGGAUCAUGGAUUGAAACACAUCUUUCUGAUAGGAUUAGUAAGAAAGGCCAAGUUAAUUUAUUUGAAACUACAAUUCGUGUCUUGGGUGGUCUCUUAAGUGCAUAUCAUUUAAGUGGAGGGGAACAAGGGAGUAAUUCUAUCCAUAAGGGGCCAAAACCAAUCGUGUAUCUUGAGAUUGCUAAAAGUUUGGCUGAUCGUCUACUUCUGGCUUUUACUUCCAGUCCAACUCCUAUUCCCUUUAGUGAUGUUGUUCUACGUGAUCCCUCAGCACAUCGUUCCCCUGAUGGUUUGAGUAGUACUUCUGAAGUUUCAACUUUGCAGCUUGAGUUCAAUUAUCUUAGUGCUGUUUCUGGUGAUCCAAAGUAUAGCAUAGAAGCUAUGAAGGUUUUGGCACAUAUGAGGAAUCUUUCAAAGGUAGAAGGGCUAGUUCCUAUAUACAUCAGCCCUGAUUCUGGCGAAUUUAGUGGAGAAAAUAUUAGACUGGGUUCUCGUGGUGACAGCUAUUAUGAGUACUUAAUUAAAGUUUGGCUGCAGCAGGGAACCAGCCGAGAUGCCAAUUUCACUUAUUUAUACAACAUGUACGAGGAAGCUAUGAAAGGUGUGAGGCACCUCCUUGUUCAGAAAUCAAUCCCAAAUGGAUUGGUUUUUGUUGGGGAGUUGCCGUAUGGGCCAAAGGGUUCAUUUAGUCCCAAAAUGGAUCACUUGGUGUGUUUUUUGCCUGGUACACUUGCUCUUGGUGCCACUAAAGGUGUCACAAAGGAAAAGGCAAUGAAAGACAAUUUGCUUAAUUUUGAAGACCUUGAAAAUUUAAAGCUCGCUGAAGAUUUAGUAAAGACAUGCUUUGAAAUGUAUUCAGUAACUGCUACUGGUCUUGCUCCAGAAAUUGUUUAUUUUCACACCAAGGAAAAUUCUGAAAAUGGGCUUGAUGGGGGGAAUAAGAGUUCAGAGUUUGUUAAUGACAUAGUAAUCAGACAUGCCGAUCGCCAUAAUCUCUUGCGCCCUGAAACUGUAGAAUCUUUGUUUGUGUUGUAUCGAAUUACAGAAGAUCCCAAAUACCGUGAAUGGGGUUGGCAGAUCUUUGAAGCAUUUGAGAAGUACACAAAGGUUGAAUCUGGUGGAUAUAGCUCUUUGGAAGAUGUUACUGUGCUUCCUCCUCAGAGAAGAGACAAGAUGGAGACCUUCUAUUUGGGAGAGACAUUAAAAUAUUUGUACUUGCUAUUUGGGAAUACCUCUAAUAUUCCGUUGGAUAAGUUUGUUUUUAACACGGAAGCACAUCCUAUUCCUAUUAAAGGCACAUGAGAGAGAUUGAUAUCUAUUGCGUAGAGAAAAUACACAUGCAGAAACAUACUUCAAGCUUGUACUUUUGCGGGCAAUACUCUACUGCUUUUGAAAUUUUGAUGGUGCAUAAUUAACACGAUCAUUCCUGGUUUAAAAGGCGAUCAGUUAUGGGGUAAUUAAGAAAUGUUGGCAGCAACUUGAGUUUCCGGCAUUCCUUCGCAAUGCAUCAAUGUUUUGAUCUGCAGUCAGUUGUCUACUGAGAAAUUUCUUUGGGCAACUUUGUUUAUAGAGCCCUACAGACUAUUACAGGAUUGUAAGAUGUAUUUGCGUUCAGUUAACAAUUUUCAUACUUAUAUGUGGUAGGGGAGUGAAAUUGCAACAUUUUGUAUUAAUUUCUCAAUUUCCAGCACUUAACUGGAGUUUCUGAGCCCUAUUUGGUGGCUCAUUUUUUGACAAUUCAUAUAUUCUACUUUUUGUUAA